AUGGUUGGCUGUAGAGAUUAUGUUGUGACCAAAUGUGAAUUGCAGUUGGUACUCAAAACUCACUCCUCUUUGGCUAUGGAGGCACUGUUUCAGGGUUCAUGUCUUGCUCCUUCUUAUCCUCUACUCGAGCUUCCAAAAUCCACCACCAUGUUAACCAACUGCGUCAAGUUCAAUCUCAGUCACAACCCAUGCUUCAUCUUCGCAAAUUCUUCACGGCCAUUUUCUGCUCAGAGUAAGCCCAGAAAACCAUUUUCAGUCAUCGUGAAUGCCCAGAAGAAGGACAAGAAAGAAGAUCACCAUAGCUUCGUAUCCAAACCUGAUGAGUCUGCUGGUUUCUUCCCUGAAGCUGUGCUUCUUAAAAAGAAAAUAGUUGAGGAAGAUGGUGAGUUUCUCCCGGAGUUCGAAGAUGCUGAAGAAAGAAAACUAUUUGAAUCGUUGAUGCUUGAAAUGGACAGUGAUCUGAACGUUGAAUUAUUGCGCCACUACGAGAUUGUUUACUUGAUUCAUGAGAAGCAUGAAGAAGAGGUUGCAGCAGUCAAUGAGAAAAUUCAAGACUUUUUGAGGGAGAAGAAAGGCACGGUGUGGAGAUUCAGUGAUUGGGGUAUGAGAACGCUGGCUUAUAAGAUAAAGAAAGCUAAUAAGGCUCACUACAUUUUGAUGAACAUUGAGAUGGAUGCUAAAUACAUCAACGAGUUCAAGACUUUGUUGGACCAAGAUGAAAGAGUUAUUCGGCAUCUCGUGGUAAAGAGGGAUGAGGCAAUCACUGAAGAUUGCCCUCCUCCACCCGAGUUUCAUACUCUGGGUGCAAGUGUGGACGAUGACGACGACGAAGAACUUGAUGAAGAUUAUGAUGAUGAUUGGGAUGGUGAAGAGGAUGCGGAUGGUGAAGAUGGCGAUGCUGAAUUUAUCGUCAUAGACGAUGACCAAGAUGAUGUGGAUUCUGGAAAUGAAACAUUGGCAAACGUUAGACAGCCAGAAAUGAAGAAUUCGAGGACAUAGAAUGUAGGUAGGGAGGAUUUAUCUUUUACCCCAGAAAAUUUUGUUCCUCUAGUUCCACAGGAAUGCUGAGUAGUUCUGAAAAUAUAUGAAGAUCUAAGUAAUUACAGUUCGCAGUGUGUAAUUCAUAAAAGUGCUAUUAAGUUGAGCAGUUUUACCAACAAUCAAAA